AUGGCUGUCAUGGGUUCCUCCACUACCCGCUGCCCCGUCGCCUACGGCCGCUCUGGCUACAACAAGGACGGCGACGACGAGGAGAAAGACAAGAAGAACCUCAUCAACUUUGGUCGUUCCGGCUACAACAAGGACGGUGAUGACGACGAGGAGAACAAGUUCCGCAACUUUGGCCGCUCUGGCUACAACAAGGGCGAUGAUGGCGAUGAUGAGGAGCAGAAGUGAAUCUGAACACUUCUGAUUUUCCUUCUUCUUCACACACUCGCACAAUCUGUUUUGAUACUUGUACAAGAACAAUACCGGCAACGGUACCUUUGAAUUGCAUCUUUGGGAGUUUAUUGGAGUUUUAGGUGGGAUGUUUAGACUGGGGUAUCUUUCUUCUGGGCAUGUGGGAGAAAGGGAGGAAAGGGAGGCCACUUUUUACGGCAAAGCAUUGGUUGGGGAGUUUCAGGGGGUUUUCUGUUUGGCGGGAAUUUUAUAUUUGGGUAGUGGCGGUGUUGGACACGAUCCUGAUGAAGCAAAGCGGUUCACCUAUUCAAGGGGCGCAUGGUCUCUGGGUUUGGUUUCUUCUCCCCUCUGUUUUACUUCAGCUUUUCCAAGUCCUUUUUCCCUUCAUCUUUAACCUGUCAUAGACUAGACUUUAAGUCCUCGUAGGACUCAUGCAAACAGCUUGGAGGAUAUAAUGGCAGUCAUAGAGAGGAAGGACAAAAGGGCUUUAGAGACGAAUAGACUUCAGCAUAUAUUGUUCUUCGUUUUGAUU